AUGAUUUUCAGAGCGAAUGGCUUUCUUGUGUUGUGCCUACUUGCUGCCUUUGUACUCAGAGCUCCUUCGACGCAUGCGCACGAUGUCACGGGCUUGUCGCUUCCCGAGAACACCGGUGUUCCGGAAGUAAGCCACGGAAUAUGCAUCGCUCUCAAGGCGUCCUAUAACGCCCUUCGGUUAUACCAUCGGCUAGGCUGCAGUGGUUCGAAGGGCGCUUGUUGUUGCGUCCAUGCUUAUGGUCUAGUCGAUCGAUCGAUUGGUAAUACUUUGCGCUUCACAUCUUAUGGUGGACCCGCAACCAUUGCUCAGUCGCUCAAAGCCGUCGCCAUCGACGGUGUAAUAUCCAUCAUUGGUUUUAUUGGCAGCUCGUCCAAGGAGCAGCCGACAUUCUUGGAUUGUUUGAGUAACCUGUGCACAGUAAGAGGUCUUCUUGUUGGCUCUCGCGUGCAGUUUGAGGACAUGAAUAAGGCUAUCGAAGCCAACAAUAUUCAUCCUAUUGUUGACAAACAGGAGUUCAGUCUGGAACAGUUGAAAGAGGCCUAUCAGUACAUGUUCGACCAAAAGAACCUCGGAAAGGUUACUAUCAAGAUCGCAUAG